AUGGACAGCCGACAAGAUGGCACUGAGAGCGCCAGCUCAUGGCUACCAAAUUUCCUCCGUAAGUCGACAGACUCGAAAGACUCGGAUCCAAACGAAAGAACUUCACUUCUUCCCAAGCCUGACGAUGAGCCGACCAUUGGUUCAGUCGACGACUUCGAAUUCGAGGGAAAGAGCAGUACUCAGCUCGUCAUCCACGAGUUCUGGGUACUGCUCAACGGUUCGAUCCCUGUCUUUCUUGCAUACAUGCUGCAGAACUCUUUACAAACUGUCUCGGUUCUGGUCGUUGGUCGGUUAAGUCCUGAAGCACUUGCAGCUGCUGCGUUCUCUUACAUGUUUGCCAUGGCUUCUGGUUGGCUCAUUGCCCUCGGAGGCACCACUGCUAUCGACACUCUUGCCUCUGCAAGUUUUACUGGAAGCAAGGACAAGCAUGAUCUGGGCAUCAUUCUCCAGAGAGCCUUUUUCGUCCUUGGGCUGCUGUAUAUCCCUGUCGCUAUUCUCUGGCUCUGCUCGAAACCUGUCUUCAUGGCUCUUGGGCAGGAUGAGCGCCUAUCCGAGGAUAGCAGCAAGUUCUUGAGCGUACUUGCGCUUGGUGGACUCGGAUAUAUCUAUUUCGAAUGCCUCAAGAAGUACUUGCAAGCACAAGGUAUCAUGAGACCGGGUACAUACGUGCUGCUCAUCACUUCGCCUGUGAACGCAGGUCUGAACUAUCUUUUCGUGUAUACUUGCAGGAUGGGUCUCCUCGGAGCACCUCUGGCCACAAGCAUAUCGUACUGGCUAUCGUUCUUGCUUCUUCUAGCCUAUGCACGCUUUGUCUCAGGCUGGGACUGUUGGGGUGGAUGGUCGAANAAGGCUUUACAGAACAUCGGCACCUUCACAAGACUCGCUCUACUCGGAGUGGUACACGUAGGCACCGAGUGGUGGGCCUUCGAAAUUGUGGCUCUCGCUGCAGGAAAACUCGGAACGAUUCCCCUGGCUGCACAAUCAGUCAUAAUGACCACGGACCAGGUUCUCAACACCAUUCCGUUCGGCGUGGGAGUUGCAACAUCGGCAAGAGUAGGAAAUCUGCUNGGGGGCAGGAAUGCCGAGGGUGCAGCACGCUCCGCCAACGUAGCUGCCUGGUUAUCGAUGAUCCUGGGAGCACUCGUCCUUGCCCUUCUUAUGGGUGUCAAAAACUUCUACGCAAAGAUCUUCAACGACGAUCAGGAUGUCAUCAAGCUGACUGCAGAAGUCAUGCCUUGGGUAGCCUUGUUCCAGAUUGCUGAUGGGCUGAAUGGCUCUUGUGGUGGCUCCCUUCGUGGAAUGGGGCGCCAACAUGUCGGUGCCGCAGUCAACAUUGUCAGCUAUUACGCCGGCGCUUUACCUUUGGGCAUCUGGCUGGCUUUCCAUGGCUGGGGACUUGCCGGUCUUUGGAUUGGGCAGUGUAUUGCGCUGUAUCUGGUCGGUUUUGGUGAGUGGGCGAUCGUUGCUUGGAGUGAUUGGAAUCAUCAAGUCCGAAAAGCUUUUGAGAGAAUGGAGCAUGAAGAACAAGUAGAGUCUGGUCUUGCGGACAAUACUGAUGGCUAUCAGAGGGAGGAGAGCAGAUAG